AUGGGUAUCGGUGUUGUUUUUUUCAUUAUUUCGCCACUUCUCGCCACUUUCGCACUAAUUUCAAAAAACAAUACCGUACGUAACUUAAAAGACGAACUCGAAAUUUGGACCAUAGACAGCGCCGGCGAAAAACUACGUUCGGAAAUUAAAUUGAAAAUCAAAUUUUUAAACAUUUUCGUUGUUUGUAAUUCUCUACUAGUUCUAGUAACUGGUUUGACUUUUAUACAACCGUUACCGAAGGAUUCGGAUAUUUUUUUCGCCUAUCGUCUCAUCCACGAAUAUUUCCCCAAACAUGGACAAGCCCUCGAAUUUCUCUACAGAACCACGUACGUGCUAAUCAGUUACAUCGUAGCUGUACAACCCUUCCAAAUUUUUUACUACUGCCAACACAUAAACUUUCAAUUGCAAAUCUCAAUCGAAACUCUCAAAAAAAUAUCAGAUUGGAAAACAUUAAGCAAAGACGGGGAAAAUUUAAUCGAUAACGUCAAAUAUCAAACGGAAAUAAAACGAAGACUUAAGUUUUGUAUCCAAAGGAGCCAAAAUUUUAUAUGUCUCCACACUGAAAAACUCAAAGAAGUCAGCACAUUUAUUGCCGGAUUUGCGGUCUGUGCCUGCCUGUUAGGCAUCGGCGUCAUUUUUUACUUGAUCUCUGGAAAUUUCACGCCUGAAUAUUAUGUACGCAUGGGUUUCACUUCUGUUGUUGGAAUUAUAAUAUUUGCAGCCACAAUAUGGGCCGGACAGUCAACUGAAUCAGCUGUAGGGUGCAUUUUUUUAAACCCAUCUUAUAAAAUCUUUCAGAUCGAUGAAAUGGUAACGUCACUCAAUGAAGUGGAAUGGUACAAUUUUGACCAAUCAAAUAAAAAAUUGUACCUCAUUUUUUUGAUAAAUAGCAUGAGGGAGCGCACGAUUAAAUUCACCGAAAAUUAUUCCUUCAAUUACCAGUUAGGACUAGCUAUCGUUAGGGGUAUUUAUUCAGUUAUAUCAAUUGUAUUAUAAUAUUGUAACACAAGAAUUAAUUAAAAUAUGUUAAGAUGCAACAUCAGGUUUGACCCAAUUGUUAAUAAAACCUUUGGUUAAAAUUAUUGUCCAUUAGUUUUACAGCUAUCAUCAACAAUAUACGUUCAAGCAGACAAGUAAGUACAGAAAAUCAAGGAAACAAGUUUCGUUAAUUUUUUAUUCAAAUGGCUACUUUUUACUACAUUUUUUACUUCCGUGUGUCCAAUUUUUUCUGUGUUAAUCUCAUAAUCUUAAAACUUAAUUCAAAGUUUGGUAGAAUAACAAUGUUAAUUAAAAGAACGUUUGUAAUAAACUAAACACGAAACCAAUUUGAAAAAAAA